AUGAUCCAGGAGCAGCGCCGCUACCAAUCGCAAGCUCAAGACGCCGCCCUCGAUCCCAGCGCCGCCGCGAAGCAGCAAGUAUCAGAAGCCGCUGAACAAACGAAGAAGCCCCGAUCGCGCAGGCGCAUCAUCUCCGCCCUCAUCUUCCUCCUUGUCGGCACCGCCGCCGGCUCCUCCGUGCGCCUCCUCCUAGACCCGCCGACACCGCCUCUACCGGGCACAAAGGAAGAUGGAUACACAAUAGAAGUCAUUCGAUCGCAAGCGGCACAGCUGCCGGUCGUGAAAUCCCUCUCCGCCGACCCGGCUUGGGAGUCCUGGCCUGCCUACACUGGCCUGCCCGCCGAUCACCUAACGAAGCGGCUUACUUCGGGGCCCCUUGCGGGAUCGCGCGGUUUGGGCGCAUACCAACAAAUCUUUCACAACGCCUCGACUGGCGAGGUAGUCACCGUGCUGUGGUUCGGGCCGGGCACGGCGGGCUGGCCGGGCGUGGUGCACGGAGGUACGAUUGCGACGAUCCUGGACGAGAACUGCGGGCGGUGCGCGGCGCAGAGGCUGCCCGGCGGCACGGGCGUGACGGCGCGCCUCGAGCUCAACUAUCUGGCGCCAACGCUGAGCAACGGCUUCUACGUCGUGCGGGCGCUGCCGAUGCUGGAUGGCGACCUGGCGGACGAGACGGAGCGCAGUAAGAGUGGGCGCAAGAUCUGGGUGAGGGGAUGCCUGGAGAACACUAACGGAAAGGUGUGCGUCGAGGCGAAGGCGCUUUUUGUCGCGCCAAAGGGCUAUAAGCUGCCAUCGAUCAAGGAGGGAUUCUGA